AUGCUGAAGGCCGAGAACUCUCCGGCUUCGGUAACAAGUGCGAUAUGCCCGGCCGAUAUAUGUCUUCCCAGCCUAUUAUCUGCGCCACCUGUCACGGCCCCUCCCGAAAGCUCCGUGCUCGGCCGGUGA